AUGCGCUCGGCUGAGCUGGCGGGUAACUUCACGUCAGCUGCGGAUCGAGCAGAUAUAAACAUCCCUGUCUACGUUCAUAUUGUCUCUUCUGGGGAAUCUGUUAAGGAUGGUAAUAUCGCGGACGAUGUCGUUACCAAGCAGAUCGAAGUCAUCAACGAGAAUUAUGGUGUCCACAAUAUUACUUUUACCCUUAAGAAUGUAUCUCGCACUGUCAAUGAGGAAUGGGCGACUCAGGACACCAACGGGCCAAUGCAAGAAGCACUCCACCAAGGUGAUUAUGCUACUCUAAACCUCUACAUCGUAUCAGACCGACGAUAUCUAGGAAUCUGCCAGUUCCCGGAAGAACCUACUGAAGAUGUCAUCGCCCAUGAUGGCUGUGUCAUUGUCGCGAGUUCUGUUCCUGGCGGUGUGGCGCCCUUUGAUCAAGGGAAGACAGCGACCCACGAGAUCGGACACUGGUUCGGGCUCUUCCAUACCUUCCAAGAUCAGAGCUGCUCAUCUGGUGGCGAUGGGAUCUCUGACACUCCUCAGCAGCUGGGACCGACAUCCGGGUGUCCAACAAAUGCCGAUUCAUGUCCAGACCAGCCAGGCCUAGACGCUGUAAAUAACUAUAUGGACUAUUCCGAUGAUUCAUGCUAUGAGGAGUUCACACCUGAGCAAGAGCAGAGAAUGUAUAACAUGUAUCAGCAGUAUCGAGCACCGGCUGCCGCAGAACAAAUCAGUAGUUAA